GUCCAAAAUUCUUUCUACACCGGUUCUGUAAUUCUGCGGAAUGAUAAGAUCACUAACGUGAUCAAGGCCCAAGAAUAUUAUGAAAAACCCACCAGAAUGCGGCGACGCGUGAUGUACGAGCGUUGUAAGCGCAUCUACGACGCUGAACUGUCUCGUAAGAUCAAUUUUGUGAUGAAAGUAGAUAGACCUGACCCAUGGCUUCGAUAG